CUCCCCCCAACAUGUCACAACAGUCGCAACACCCUAACCCCCCCGUGCGGUUCGCCGACGUGGCCGUCACCUUCACGGCAGACCAAUUCCAAGGCAUCUACCGCGGCAAGAGAUACCAUGAUUCCGACUUUGCACAGGUCUUGCAGCGCGCCCGAGACUAUGGCUGCGAGCGCGUCAUGUUGACGACCAUGACCCUCGCUGGAGCCCACGCCAAUCUGCAAGUCGCCAGGGAGUUCCCUGAGAUGUGCACCCUGACCCUCGGCGUGCAUCCGUACCACGCGGGCGAGAUCUACGCCGUCGACGGAAAGGCACACCUGCAAGAGCUCCGGGAGCUAGGUGUCGCCCUUCUCGCCGAAGGUCCGUCAUCGCCGUUGGUGGCCUUCGGUGAGAUCGGUCUCGACUACGACUAUCUCAACCGCGCCGACAAAGACACCCAGCAGCGCGCGUUCCGCGAUCAGCUCGACCUCGCCGUUGAGCUACAGCUGCCCCUCUUCCUGCACGUGCGCGAGUCUUGCGCCGACUUUGUCGACAUCAUCACCCCCUACCUGCCCCGGCUGCCGCGCGGCGGGCUCGUCCACUCCUUUGCCGGGACCGCAGAGGAGAUGCGACAGCUCGUCGAUCUCGGACUGGAGAUCAGUGUCAACGGGGUGUGUUUCCGCACCGACGAGCAGCUCGACAUGGUGCGCCAGAUCCCGCUCGACAAGCUCCAUCUUGAGACCGACGCCCCGUGGUGUGAGGUUCUGGCUACCGAUGAGAAGAUUGCACCCUACUUGGUGAAUGCGCGACCGCUGCCGCCCUCGCGCAAGCACAACAAGUUCCUCCCGGGCCAGAUGGUCAAGACCCGGAAUGAGAGCUGUACUAUUGAGCGUGUGGCCCUGGUGGUCGCGGGCCUGAAGGGGGUGGCCGUAGAAGAGGUGGCGCAGGCGGCGUGGAAUAAUAGUGUGCGUCUGUUUGGGCUGCGCGUGUAGCCCAUCGCGGCUUGUAUAUAGCAUCUCUACAUGUUGAUAGAUCCUAGACUAGAGUUGGAAUACCCGGGAAACACAGUGACCGACACUUGAGCAGUGAUGUCUGCAUGUAUGAUACACUCACUCAUUGGAACCACAAGU